AUGCCGUACUUGAAGUUAAUCUCUGAGGAACUCCUUCCAGUCCUGAAAGAGAAUCUCGCCAGCCCGCUAAUGUGGAGUCUUCUACUGAAACCCGACACACUUUCGUCACCCAUCACUGCUACGGCCUUCGCCUACACAAGCCUCGUCAGCGGCCUGUUGUCUACCUUCUUCUCCUUCUACGUGCAGCAGGUCUUGAGUGAGCUACAUCGCCCGGAAGACGUCUAUGAGUGGCUCACAACACCACGCAUGAGUUUCAUGGGUCGCAUCGUGGAAACCCUCGGCCGACGACAACGAACCCUAAUGCCUGCGAAUCGAGCUGAAAGGAUUCCCUCGCUCACGGCUGCUGCGACACUAACGGCACCCAGUGGCUUGCUCACUUUCUCCAUCGUAACGCUGUUCAUUGUCCUAGGAGUCUACCUCGACUCCGUGUACAAGGAGAGACUCAGCGCGCUGAAAGGCAGAAAUGCCAAUUUGGCGGUGUUGUUGUUUUUCAUCAUCUUCGCAGCGAAUUCCAUUAUCGGGGUCCUCUUACCGCUCUUUUCCAAGCGGGUGGAACAGUUUCGCUCGCUGCUAGCGCGGGACGAGGAGAACCCUGGGUUGCAGAGUAUGGGUCUGCGCAUCGAAAAGGCCGAUGCAGGGGCGAGUGGGAAGGCAGCGGACUCAAGUGGAAGUUCAGACACAGAUGCGGUCAUCCGGCGGGCGUUGGAGGCAUCAAUCCAUGCUCAAAAGGAGAGCUUGAAGGCACAGAAGGCGCUGUUGAAACUGUUACUUUAA